GGGCAGGGUGGAGGUGAAGGGUGGAGGGAGGGAACCCAUAUUGGGAGGUUCCCAGGGAGGGGGCGGUGAGCAGAUAGGCGUGUGUGCCUGUGUGUCUGGGCGUGUGUGUGUGUGUGUGCCUUCCCCAUGUGUGUACAGGAGUAUGUCUGCAUUCAAUUCAACUUCGACCAACUGUCUGUUGUGGGCAACAUAUGGGCUUUUGGGGUGAGGUCCUGUCCCUGUCUUCAGGGAGCUCACAAUCCAGUUGGUGGAGGGGCAAUGUGCGUGCAAAAGUCAGUGUGAUUUGUGUGUAUCUCGGGUCAUGUUCUUGCCCCGAGUUAUACAUUCUGUGGGGCCUCGUGUGCAGGUUUCAGAAUAUGUCAGGCACAUCCCCUGGUGUGGGCAUGGGUCUGGGACUAAGACCGCAUAGGGUCCUUGGUGGGGGAUGGGUGCGCAUGCGUCUAUCUCUGUAGGUAUUGGUGCACCCAUGUGAUCAGGUGGCCAUCUCACUGUGGAUGCACAUCUUCAAGUGUGUCUGUAUGUCCGUGAGCCAGUGUGUGCGCGGGUCCAUGGGUCCAUGGGUGUAUUUCAUGCCACCCUGAGCUCAGCCUUCCUGGAGUCGUACGGUGCCCACCACCUGGGCAUAUAUUUGGGCAGAAAAGAGCAGCCAGCUCCAGGAUGUGCCCUGUAUUUGGGCAGGGCUUGACCUGCCCCCUUGAUCCGCCCCCAGGUCGACAUGUGUGCCCAGCUGGGGCACUGCCCAAGCUGAUGCCCCAGAGGGGCCACCCAUCUCAAGUGGGGCUCCGGGCCCUGCCCGGCCUCCUCAUGGCGCACGAGCCACAGCCUGAGGCUGAUGGAUUGUUGGACCUCAGCUUCCUGACAGACGAGGAGCAGGAGGCCAUUGCCGACGUCCUGAAGCGAGAUGCCCACCUUCGCCAGUUGGAGGAGGGCCGGGUCAGGUACAGGGCCUGGCACAGAGUGGGUGGCAGGAAUGUUGGUUGGGUGACAGCCACGCCCUCCCCCAUCCUCCAGCAAGCUUCGGGCCUCGCUGGCAGACCCUGGGCAGCUGAAGAUCCUCACGGGAGACUGGUUCCAGGAAGCACGCUCACAACGGCACCACCAUGCCCACCUUGGCUCUGAUCUUGUCCGAGCCUCUAUCCGCAGAAAGAAGAGCUCCAUGGGAGACCAGGCUCCAGGCAGCGAUGGGGAGGCUGAAGCUGCUGAGAAAGAAGCUGAAGAGGAGCUGGAGCCCAGGCUCCCCAUGGACAAGGCACCCCAAGAGAUGCUCAGCAAGGCUGAGAAACCUGAUUUCCCCUCACCAUAUGUCCCCCUAAAGGCUUCAGAUCAUGAGGAAGAGCCCCAGGCCCAGGAAGCCCCGGGAUCCGGGGACUCGCAGGCCUUUGCAGAGGAGGCGGACCCGGAGCCGGAGCCGCGGUCGCGGGGAGCGGUGUCGCCGCCACCCCCAGCCCAGACCCAGACGGCGCCCGAGAUCCUGGAGAACGGGGAGGAGGCUCCGGGGCCCGGCCCCUCACUCGACCGCAUGCUCAGCAGCAGCUCCUCGGUGUCCAGCCUCAACUCCUCCACGCUGAGCGGCAGCCAGCUGAGCCUGUCUGGGGAGGCUGAGGCGGGCGCUGUGCAGGUGCGCGGCUCGGUGCACUUCGCGCUGCGCUACGAGCCGGGCACCGCCGACCUGCGCGUGCACGUGAUCCAGUGCCAGGGCCUGGCGGCCGCGCGACGCCACCGCUCCGACCCCUACGUCAAAAGCUACCUCCUCCCGGAUAAGCAGAGCAAGCGCAAGACGGCGGUGAGGAAACGGAAUCUGAACCCGGUCUUCAACGAGACUCUGAGGUACUCCGUCCCGCAGGCCGAGCUCCGGGGCCGCGUGCUGAGCCUGUCCGUGUGGCACCACGAAAGCCUGGGUCGCAACAUCUUUCUGGGCGAAGUCGAAGUGCCUCUCGCCACGUGGGACUGGGACUCUGAGCCCACGUGGCUCCCCCUGCAGCCCCGGGUCCCGCUCUCUCCCGACCACCUCCCCAGCCGCGGGCUGCUCUCCCUGUCCCUCAAGUACGUCCCCGCCGGCUCCGAGGGCGCGGGACUGCCCCCCAGCGGGGAGCUGCACUUCUGGGUGAAGGAGGCUCAGGACAUCGUGCCGAGGCGCUCAGGAACCCUGGAUACCUACGUACAGUGUUCAGUGCUGCCUGAUGACAGCCGGGCCAGCCGCCAACGGACAAGGGUGGUACGACGCAGCCUCAGCCCUGUGUUCAACCACACCAUGGUUUAUGAUGGCUUCGGGCCUGCUGACCUGCGCCAGGCCUGUGCUGAGCUCUCCCUCUGGGACCAUGGGGCCCUGGCCAGCCGCCAGCUGGGGGGCACACGCCUCAGCCUGGGCACCGGCAGCAGCUAUGGGCUCCGGGUGCCCUGGAUGGACUCCACACCGGAGGAAAGGCAGCUGUGGCAGACACUCCUGGAGCGACCGUGUGAGUGGGUGGAUGGCCUUCUGCCCCUCAGAACCAACCUGGUCCCCAGGACAUAGCUGCCCUACAAGCCCCACCAAGCUCCUCUCUGAACCCCCAUCUCUGGGCCUGCCCUUGGCUGAAACCAAUAAAGUCUCUUCUAAGGGCAGCAACGGG